UAUAAGUUAGUGCGAUAUCGAGCAGUGUGUUAUUGAGGGAAAUUGGAUCAGUGGGCGAAUCGCGAGUAUUUGCUAAAUUUUAAUGGGAGCUCGUUUAUUGAAGAAGUUGCAAUGAGUUUGAGAUAUUUCGGUUCGGUUACGUUACGAUGAACGUCGUCGUAAUGCUGUCCGGAAUCAAUCGCUCGACGUGGCUGUAGUGCGCUCCGUGGCAACUCCGGACUCCUGGUGCGUUAGCAAAGGAGCAGUGGUCGGUGGGUGUGCAGCAAUUUGAACAUGCUGACCAUACGAUCAGCUGGCUCGUCUGUUAUUUCCCAUAAAUCAACCGUGAACGCGAAUUCGACUUCGCCAGCAUCGUUGCCGUGACGUGAUAACUAGCAUAUGUUGAUAAUAUCUGAGUGUAGCUUAGAGGCAGGAUUUUGAAAAUUACGCCUAGGCAUUUUGGCUUAAAUGAUAAACAAUUCCGACGCGUUCUUCCUUGACAAUCUGUUGUACACGUUACCAACGGGUGGAGAUGGAAUGUAUCACUUCAAAGUAUUGGUUCCCAGUGUCGCAGCUGGAGCCAUUAUUGGAAAAGGCGGAGAGACUAUUGCACAAUUACAAAAGGAUACUGGAGCACGAGUCAAAAUGUCCAAAUCACACGACUUUUAUCCUGGUACAACAGAACGAGUCUGCCUCAUAACCGGCAGCAUCGACGCAAUUAUGGCUGUAAUGGAAUUUAUAAUGGAAAAAAUAAGGGAAAAGCCGGACCUUACAAAACCACUAGUAGACGGUAUAGAUAGUAAAUUAAUGCAAGAUAGGGAUAAGCAAGUUAAAAUACUUGUACCAAAUUCGACGGCCGGUAUGAUCAUCGGCAAAGCUGGUAAUUAUAUAAAACAAAUUAAAGAGACGAGCGGUUCUUAUGUGCAAAUCUCUCAAAAGGCCAAAGACAUGUCUCUCCAAGAGAGAUGUAUUACUGUGAUAGGUGAGAAAGAAGCAAAUAAGCAAGCGUGUAUGAUGAUUCUAGCAAAAGUAGUAGAAGAUCCACAAAGUGGUACAUGUUUAAAUGUAUCGUAUGCUGAUAUUAAUGGUCCAGUUGCAAAUUACAAUCCUACAGGUUCGCCUUAUGCUCAAAAUACAAGCAGCGCAUUCAAUGCAUCUACAACUAGUCUUAAUAGCGGUCUUAGCUCCAUGUCGCAAGGUUUGAUGCUAAACGGAGGUCUAAAUCUCAAUCUCAACCUGAAUGCUCCCGGCCAAAAUAUGGGCACGGUUACUGCACAAGUGCUUGACAAUAUUAAGUUGACGUUACGGAAUUCGGGAUACACAGAUUCACAAAUGGUGGAAAUCUGCGCCGCAAUUUCUGUGUUAGCCAAAUACGGUGUUCUUGCGAUGGGAUUGGGUUUGGGAGGAGCUCACGCCGGCGGUUUGCCAGUAUCUAAUUACCUUAGUGUCAUGGAGCAAGCGACCGCUGCGACUGCCAACUCGGGUGUGUUUGGACCAAUCGGACAAGUUAGUCUCGGAGAAUGUUUAGGUGCCACAUCUCCUACACCAAGAUCAAAUCUUGAAAGGUACGAAACUGCAUUUGAUCCAUUCCGGCAUCCGAGUUCUCCGGCUACCGCUCCUAUUUCUAUAAAUAACAAUAGUUUUGGGUUAGGCACCGGUCAACAGAUGGCAGUGUUGAAUAAAAGCCCCACCCCCGCCGAAUUGCAAGGGAAGGAUACUAAAAAUGUAGAAAUUGCCGAAGUGAUAGUUGGUGCUAUUUUAGGUCCAGGAGGUCGGUCCCUGGUCGAAAUUCAAAACAUGAGCGGUGCCAAUAUACAAAUUUCCAAAAAGGGCAUAUUCGCGCCAGGAACACGCAAUCGUAUCGUCACCAUUACCGGGAACCCGAACGCGAUUAACACCGCACAAUAUCUCAUCGAGCAACGCAUCUCCGAAGAGGAACUCAAACGUGCACGCAACAAUACUCUAAGUACGCUCGGCAUACAGUGAUAACAUGAACCUAGUUCACCAUCACCGACCAUCCAUGCAGGUACAGAAAAUGGAAAUUACUAAUUCUGUUCGUGUUUCAUUUUUAAUUGUAGCGAAAUCAUUAGUUGUAUAAUAACGUUUUUUCAAAAUCAAUCUUCAUAUUUUAAAUUACUGUUACGAACAGUACCCGAAAUCGUGAUAAUCAUCUUUCUUUUGUUGUUGUUUCUGUAAAUAUUUUAUUAGGAGAUGUUUAUUUUUUUUAUAUAAAAUUUUUGAUUUGUAUAUAUUUGUUGAGGGAAACAUUAAACAUUGUCAUUAUUUUCUUACUUGUUGCGUUGAUUAUUAUAUUUUAUUAAGAAAUUGUUACAAAGUUUAUUAUUACGUAAUCAUUAAAGUUUAGCGUAAACUUGAAAUUGUGAUAAUCUUUGUUACUAGCUCUGGUAUCUGUACCUUCACUUUACACGAAUUAUGUCAGUUUAUUUUCUAUUACGGUCAUUACAAACGUUAAAAUUAUAUUUACAAGUAUAGCAAAGUAACUGGCAUAUUAUACAGGGUGUUCUGUUUGUUUAAAUAGUAGAACUUGCACAUUCCUUUUUCCAUUUUAAGGUUAAUUUAAAGUUAGAGUAGAAUUGGGAAUGCCCUGUAAUGAGAAAUCAAUUUUAAAUAUUAUUCAUAUACAAAAUUAAUGUUUAUUUUUAAUGGGAGACAAUUAUUUUUAUGAGAGAUUUUAAUAAAAAUCAUAAUUUUAAAGCGAUUAUAAUCGCCAUCAAGUUUUAUUCAACACUAGUACAUUGUGUGGAGCGUUUUCGGUCUAAAAGUACUUGUACCUGUUUCUUGCCUCACAUGUGCAAACUGUUAAAAUUUUAUCUAGUAAAAGUUGAAUAAAUUUUGAUAACGAUUAUGCAAUUUGUAAGAGGAAGAGUUAUUCCUGUCGGUAUCGGUAGUCCUGUGAACUCGAGCAUGACAUUGUAUAUAGCCAUAGACAUAGUCAUUCUAUUUAUCACCUGACUUUUGAACUGUUAUUCCUUCUUAUAGAUCUAUAUAAUUAUAUAAAAGAAAUCCUAUGGAAAGGUAAAAUAUAACUGAAAAUUAUAUAUUGUUGUUAUCGCAUGUUGUUAAUAUUGUUAAUGUUUGGACUUGUGCAAGACAAUGUUUUAACGUAGCCGUUAAUCAAUCGAUUCACUUUGUAUAGACGAUGUUAAUAUUUAAAAAAUUAUUUUUGUUGACUAUGAGUACAUACUAGAUUUAAAGUAGAUUCUAAGUUUGUUAAUUAUGAAUUUGGAGCUGGAAGUAGUAGAUAUAGAAAUCUAUGCGGGACGUAGAAUUUUUGUGGCAUUCCCUCGCUGAUCAAUGCUGUGCAUAUUGGAGUCAUAUUAAAUAUAAGAUUAUUUACAAAAACGAUUGUUAACGGCAAGUUAAAAGGUACCAAGUCAUACACAAAGCAUAGUUUUCAUUGUCUAAAUGUAUGUGAUCACUGUAGUUUGAUAUAGUUUUAUUGAGAAUAGGACAUUACGUCAAAUGUUAUAUUCUGCAUCUACUAUUCGACGAUUUAAUAAUAUACGCUUUAUCACAGAAUGAAAAAUCAAAGCCACCUGUUAACAAAGUAGAUAAAUUCCGUUCAGUUGCCUCAAAACUUUUUAUAAAUACACUUUUUCUGUACAACAUUUACUACUGCUGUGAUACUCACAACUGACUUUAAUGCAACGAUUUGGUUGUUGAUCUGCCACAUUGAAACGUUAUUAUUAUGCAUACUUCGUUACAUACAUAUAUAACCGAUGUUGCUUUAUUUGUUGGUGUGUUUUACAAAAUCAGCAACCAAAUGUGAUUGCGACGGCCAUACAUUUUUAGCUAGAAACAUUUCAUGUAUUCAAUUUGUUUAUCGUAAUAUUUGUUACUACUUUUGUUAAAUCCUUUAUUUUUUUAUGUUCAAUAUUUUCGUUAAUAUCCUAACGAUGGAAAUAAUUGCCGUUUUUUUAAUGAAAAUUUUAAUCAAUUAGAAGGUGCAAUAUUUUUAGUGCAUCUCCUGUAUAAUAUAUAUGUUGUUUUAUUGCAUCACGAUCAUUUAGUCAUUAGCUGUAGGAAACUGAGGGUUGAAAAUCCUAUAAAAAAUAGAUAAAUAAGUUUUACUGUAGAUGUAAGUAAUUUAUGGGGCUAAUGGUGUAGGUAUACCUUAUUAAUGGAGAUGGAUGUGAGGUGUGAUAUGGUUUCAGGGUUACCUGAUUUAUACUUAGUUACCAUACUAGUGAGUAUUUUUUGCACGAUUUGUGAUUGUGUUAACAAAUUUAAUCGUAGAAUGUUUCUUUUGUUAUUGUUCAUCCUCAUACGAAAUUUUAUAAAAUUUAGGUAAUUUACACGUCUACCUCUCCAUCCAGUUAGGUAUCUAUAUGAUACGUACUACAGUGUAUUUACCUAAAUUACUUUUAUUUACAGAUGUUCGUACCUUUAAAUUUGGUAAAACGGGUUGCUGUUUUUAUUUAUACACAUUUACAGUUUUUGAAAUAUGCACAUUCUACAAAAUUUGGUACACGUGAGCAUAUUAUAUAUAUUUGUACCAUUGUUUGUAGUUUACAAAUUUAAAUUAGUUAGUUCACAGCAUUGUCAACUACAUUAUAAUUCAAUAAAAUUCAUAGUGCCAUA